CCCAACUUUUCAAAUGUGAAAAUUUUCUUGUUUUUUUUAAGAUUGAAAACUGAAUAUCAUGAGGCUUUCGACUGUUGUCAGGAAAAACAAGCAACUGAGGCUGUCUCUUUUGGCUUUGGUGUGUGUGUGUCGGUGGGCAUUUAUUUCUUCACUAUUAAUCUUUUUAAAGUAAAUGGUUAAUUUAGCAUGUUUUUGCAGCAUUGAGGAGCGGGAGGUAACGAGCAGCACUUGAAUGCAGCAUCGGGCUGGCGCUUGCUCACAAGGCUACACACGCAGCCAGCAGCGUAUGUUUGGUCAAACUAUAAGUGUGCCGCUACUGUGUGAACGCUUUUAGCCACCAAACGAACCGCCAUGGGGGUGAUGUUUCGGGCGCAGGACUGCGGUCAGAGAGCCCACCGGAGGAUGUAACGGCAGCUCCGGGGCCGUUGGGAUUGCACGAGGCAGACGAACUCGGUGUGAAUACAAAAGGGACCGCCGAACAGACAGAGACGAUGGUGGGGAGAGCAACGGCAGCACCAGCGCCAGCAGCACCGGGGGGAGCGGGUUUCUCAUCGACACCAGCUUCAGUCUGCUGAAACCACCAUUAACUUUGUAACUUACACGAGAAAAUAAUCCAGCAUGUCGGAUCCGAGUCACUGGUCUGCGGUGCCGAGCCAGAACAAGUCCCAUUUUGUUCCGGGAGCGCUGCUUAAACGCUCAAAAAGCUGUCGCAGCAGCAACAGGAAGAACCUCGGUGUCGGGACGCCGUCGCCCACCCUGUCCCGGCCACUCUCUCCGCUGUCACUCCACACCGCUGCAAGCAGCCCUCUAGACAGUCCUCGAAAUGUGUCGACCAGCGCCUGCCUCAACUUUCCAUUUGCCAGAAGAGCUGAGGGCCGGAGAUGGUCCCUGGCAUCCCUCCCCUCGUCUGGCUAUGGAACCAACCCGCCGAGCUCCACUGUCUCGUCCUCCUCGUCCUCCCAGGAGCGUCUUCACCAGCUUCCCUACCAGCCAACUCAAGAUGAGCUGCAUUUCCUCUUCAAGCACUUCCGCAGCACAGACAGCAUGACUGACGAGGAUGGGCGGCCCUCGACAGGCAUACGACCUCGUUCUCGGAGCCUCAGCCCCGGGCGAUCAAGUGUCUCCUUUGACAAUGAGAUUGUCAUGAUGAACCAUGUUUACAAAGAACGUUUUCCAAAGGCCACAGCCCAGAUGGAGGAUCGCUUGUUAGAAAUUAUCACCCACUGCUCUCCAGAAAACUCCCUCCCUUUUGCUGAUGGGGUGCUGGGAUUCAUUCAGCACCAGUUAGUCGAACUGGUCAGAGACUGUCUGGACAAAUCCCAGAAAGGUCUGGUUACUUCGCGAUACUUUGCUGAGCUCCAGGAGAAGUUGGAGAAGCUGCUUCACGAGGCCUAUGAGCGCUCUGAAAGUGAGGAGGUAGCCGUCAUCGUUCAGCUGGUGAGGAAGAUCCUCAUCGUAAUCUCUCGGCCUGCUCGCCUCCUGGAGUGUCUGGAGUUUGACCCGGAAGAGUUUUAUCACUUACUGGAGGCAGCAGAAGGUCAUGCCAAAGUCGGCCAGGGAAUCAAGACCGACAUCCCUCGGUACAUCAUCAGUCAGCUGGGUCUGACCCGGGACCCAUUAGAAGACAUGGUGCAGCUUGAGCAGUAUGAUGCCAGCCCUUCAGUGUCAGUGGAGCCAGAUGCUAAUGUGGAGAGUAAAGCCCCACAGACGCUCACACCAACUCGAAGGAAACCUCUUGAAAGUGACUUUGAAACAAUCAAACUCAUUAGUAACGGAGCUUAUGGGGCCGUGUAUCUGGUCCGUCACAAGGAGACCCGCCAACGAUUUGCCAUGAAAAAGAUAAAUCGUCAGAACCUGGUCCUGAGGAACCAGAUCCAGCAGGCUUUUGUGGAGCGAGACAUCCUAACUUUUGCUGAGAACCCCUUUGUUGUCUCCAUGUUCUGCUCUUUUGAGACACGACGGCACCUCUGCAUGGUCAUGGAGUAUGUGGAAGGUGGGGACUGUGCCAACCUGCUUAAGAACAUGGGUCCACUGCCUGUAGAAAUGACAAGGAUGUACUUUGCUGAAACAGUCCUGGCCUUGGAGUACCUUCACAACUAUGGUAUCGUGCAUCGGGACCUCAAACCUGACAACUUAUUGAUCACAUCCAUGGGACACAUCAAGCUGACAGACUUCGGCCUGUCUAAAAUUGGCCUGAUGAACAUGGCCACCAACCUGUACGAGGGUCACAUCGAGAAAGACACACGAGAGUUUGUAGACAAACAGGUGUGUGGCACUCCAGAGUACAUUGCCCCAGAGGUGAUCCUCAGACAAGGCUAUGGGAAGCCAGUGGACUGGUGGGCGAUGGGGAUCAUCCUUUAUGAAUUCCUGGUCGGCUGUGUUCCGUUCUUUGGAGACACACCUGAGGAGCUUUUCGGACAAGUUGUCAGUGAUGAGAUCAUUUGGCCUGAAGGAGACGAUUCCUUACCUGCUGAUGCCCAGGAUCUGAUCACCCGCUUGCUCAGACAGAGUCCUUUAGACCGACUAGGAACUGGUGGCGCCGCGGAGGUCAAACAACACCCUUUCUUUCUGGGUAUUGACUGGAAUGGACUCCUGAGGCAGAAAGCUGAAUUCAUCCCUCAGCUGGAGGCGGAGGACGACACCAGUUACUUUGACACUCGUUCAGAGCGUUACCAUCAUUUGGCGUCCGACGAGGAUGAGGAAACCAAUGAUGAAGAGUCUUCCUUGGAAAUCAGACAGUUUGCUUCGUGGUCGCAUCGGUUCAGCAAGGUUUACAGCAGCACAGAACACCUGGCGACGCCGUCCAACCUGAGCUUCUCCUCUGACCGCAGCCACAGUGAGGACAAGGAGGACCGUGGGGACAUGGGAGGACUCAGUACCUCCUUGAGUCCAGCAGAGGGCAGCGUUGAGCGUAGACAUGCUGGACGCAUGGCGAGUCUUCGCCCUCGGGCCUCAUCCAGCUCCUCCCAGUCUGAGAGGAGCACCAGUCCUCUGGUGAUGAGCAGCACCCACAGCCUGGAGACGAUGCCCCGCUUUGCCCUCUCCACAGAUGAUGAAGCUGAGGUGGUUGUGUCAAACCUUCGGAGGAUCAGGAUUCGCAGCAACAGUACCGGGGCCAAACACUCAUCUCCCAAGGAGCCCACAGGCCCUCGACGAUUCGGUAACCAGCUGGAAACACCAGACAGGCAGCGGCUUCCCUGUGGAGGGAAGGUUCCCAAGUCGGCAUCCGUCUCAGCCCUGUCUCUCAUCAUCACUACAGAUGACUCGCCCGGCGGGCUCCAGCCCAGUCCCAUCUCCCCGCGCUCCCUGUCCUCCAACCCUUCGUCCCGUGACUCGUCCCCCAGCCGCGACCUGACGCUCAGCCCCGGCAGCCUGAGGCCUCCCAUUGUCAUCCACACUUCAGGAAAGAAGUACGGCUUCACUCUGCAAGCCAUCCGUGUCUAUAUGGGCGACAGUGAUGUGUACACAGUCCAUCACAUGGUGUCGAGUGUGGAGGAGGGCAGCCCGGCUCACCAGGCAGGGCUCCGCACUGGAGACCUCAUCACCCACGUGAACGGAGAGUCUGUCCAAGGCCUGGUCCACCCUGAGAUGAUAGAACUUUUGCUGAAGAGUGGCAGCAAAGUGACGCUUCAGACCAUAGCGCUUGAGAACACAUCGAUCAAAGUGGGUCCAGCUCGAAAGACCAAAAACAAAGGCAAGAUGGCUCGUCGCAGCAAGAAGAGCAAGAGGAGAGAUAAUUAUGACAGGCGACGAAGCAUCUUGAAGAAGCUGUCCAAGCAGAGCACAGUGAUGCACAGCAGUCGCAGCUUUUCCUCAGGUCUCCACCACUCAGUUUCCUCCAGCGAGAGCCUCCCAGGCUCCCCGACGCACAGCCUGUCACCCGGACCCUCCACACCUUGCCGGAGUCCAGCACCCGACCAUCAGGCCUUUGACAAUAACUCCCCACAGAGCACAUCUCCUUGCUCCAGUUCUCCCAGUUCCCCAGCUGCACACAUCCGUCCCAGCUCUCUCCACGGCUUGGGCUCCAAACUCAACACACAGCGCUACACCAAGGUGAACCGCCGAAAGUCAACCAGCAACAUCCCCCCCUCGCCGCUUGCUUGCAACUCCUCCUCAUCUUCCACACAGCCUCUUUCUCCACAGCGCUCCCCCUCUCCGCUCUCAGGCUUUGCCAAAACCCUUCACACCUACCACGGCAAAACCUUGUCCCCACCCACCAUUGUUAGACAUAUUGUCCGGCCCCGCAGUGCCGAGCCGCCUCGAUCUCCUCUGCUGAAGAGGGUACAGUCCGCGGAGAAGCUAUCUGGUGUGUAUCAUGCAGACAAGAAGUCGUACACCCCCCGCAGGCACACGCUGGAAGUGCCGUUUUAUGGUGAGGGGGACCUGCUGGGCGACUCGGAGGCAGAGGGUACCUGUGGAGGCGCCUACACUGGGGCCGAUCACAGCAGGCUGGGGGGAUACAUCAGCAGCCAGAGGACGAGGGACUCUGAAAGAUCUGAGCAGCUGGUCGUGAUGCGAAAGCUCAACCUAUCAGAGCGCCGGGACUCCUUUAAGAAACAGGAGGCGGUGCAGGAGGUGAGCUUUGAUGAGCCGGACGAGAAAACCAGCACCACGGAUACAGUGACAACCACAGCUCCAGGAGCCCAAACACAUCAUCAACAGCAGCAUCACAGGAUGGCCUGGGUGCUCACUCGACCCCAAACCAGCGAGGAGGUGGAGCUGGAAGUGCCGGUGGUGAGGAGGUUCACACUGGUGCCCCAGAUCGCCGUGCAGGGGUCAACGGAGAGCGAGCAAGAUGAGUGGGAGCCGUGUUCAGAUGGAGAGGAAAGCGGCGAGCAACCCGAGCCAGAGGUGGCCGUCAAUUCAUCUCAGCCACAGCAGGCGGGACGUCCUCCUGCUGACUGCAGUCAGACAGCAGAAACCACCUCUGCUGUUCAUCAGGUUGGACCAUCAGCAGAGUGCAGAGAGGACACUACACAAAAAAGCAUCUGAGGACGUCAUAACUCAGCGCUGCUCUCAUUUCCACUUCUCAUAUCCUUCUGUUUUUUUGUUUUGUUUUUGUUUUUUUUUCAAAAGUUGUGCUCAUUUACAAACUUGUCUGGCAGAGUGCGAAUGGGACAAGAUUUUACUUGAAUUUUGUAAUUGUAAAUAUUCGCCUCAAGGCAUUGCAGGCGCUCUGGUCUUAUUUAUUAUGUUUGUAAACUAUGAUGAGUUCGUAACAGGGAAAGAGGGGAGCUCUCAUUGGUUGAAUAGCCAAGGCUCAAUGUUUUGUUUUUUUUUUAUUCAUAAAAUGUGGUUUUAUGUCUUUUGACUUUGUUUUCAAUAAAUGUCUGCUCUUUGAAUAGAUAGUUGCAUAAUUGUUGAAGGACCAAAAGGUACAAGAAAUCAUUUUCAAAGCUGAAAUUGUGAUUCAAUUUUUUUUCUUUAUUUGCAUCAGUUUAGAUAUGAACAGUGCAGGUUUCCGAUGUGUAAUACUGCUAUUAUCUUGAUGUUCAUAAACCAAAGAAUGGCCUUUGGUUCACACUGUGACCAACAUGGUUGAUAUGUCAUUUUCCAAUCACUUUAGCCAGACCCUUCAGUUUUAUCUACUGAUGUUUUGCUGCUUUGCGUCAGCCUUUAACAGCAGGAUGACCUACAAGAAAAAAACAUUAAAGCUAUCAAGCACUGAUCAGCAUAAUGGAAAGAAACUGCAGGAAUUUACAAGUUUCUGAAGACUGCAGAGUUUUGCAUGGCUGGAAUUCUUGAAUUUUGUUCAUGAAACAAUAACUUAAGUAGGAGAAGAAACAGCAGCAACAGCAGCGCUGAACUACAGUUGCCUGACAGGAAGCAGACAUGAAAAGAUUAGCGGCCCAAGUACUUCCACUGACCUGUUGAUCAUGUUGCUUGCAGUGUGAUUUCAGUCACAACGUUGUUCUUCUUAAAUGUGGCGCAGCAGUCAGUGCAGGUGAAUGUUUCACCGUGACUGUCCGUGUGUGACUUACAGUACAGUCUGUUACGAAGACGAUUUAAAACGGCUGUUAUGUGCUGUGACGUUAGUGCAAUGUUUGAAGUCACUUUGAAAUCUUCUGUGUUUGUAAUCUCAAUUUAACAUGAAGACCUUUCGGAGUUCGUGUUUUAAUCGUUUUUUUUCCACCCUGGUAUCUUGACUACGUCUCAUGAAAGAUGAGGGUGAAGCUGCAGAACCUGACACGUCCUGCUUUGUGGCUCCUCGAUCAGAAACUUUGUAUGAUGCCGUAUCGCACAGGUCUCUCAAGUUCGUUUUUAUUUGUUUUCUCCUGCUCCCGUCCGUGAACACUGGUUCAGCAUGGCUGCGUGUCUCGCUGUAAUAAUUUGUCCUACUCAAAGCAGGAAAAAUCUACGUCUUCUUCGGAGCCUGGAGGGAAUAUUUUUCUGUUUGAAACAUUUUGGUAUUUAUUUUUUGGUCUUUUACUAAUAUUUACAAGACAUUUUGUACCUGGGAAUGUGCUGGAUCCUCGUGUGUUUUUGUAUGUGGGUGUGUGUGUGUGUGUG